UAUAUUCGCGAAAGCCAACCAGGAUGGAGUUCUACGAACCUGCUCCGUUGGCCGUGGGCUAUGGGAAUGAAACCCGUGAGUGGUUUGUGGAAAAAUGGGACGCGCUACUAGACACGAUCGGAGAUGACCAGGAGACCCUGUACGUAUGGGUGCUGACGUUCUACACCAACGCCAUAUACUGGAUACUCGGUGGACUGUUUGUGGUGAUGGAUCUAACCGAGUGGCCCAAGUUUAUGCGCAAGUACAAAAACCAGCCCGGCAUGAACGAGCCACUGGACUGGGAAAAGUUCAAAAAGUUGGUGAAAACGCUUCUCUUCAACCAAAUUGUGGUCGGCAUACCGACUUCAUACAUUGCGUUCAAUCUCAGCCGAAAUGGAGUGCCUCCGCCGCGAGCGCUACCGUCGGCGUUCACGAUCGUGCGUGAUUUUGCCGCGUGUAUUACACUGUGGGAGAUCACGUUCUACUACAGCCACCGGUUGCUACACUCGCGAUUCUUCUACAAGUAUGUGCACAAGAAGCAUCACGAGUGGACCGCACCGGUGGCCUUGGCCGCCAUGUAUGCGCAUCCGUUCGAGUACGUCAUCAGCGACCUGUUGCCCGUGUUUGCCGGUCCGGCCAUUAUGAAGUGUCACGUUGCGACGACAGCCAUCUGGUUCGCGUUCGUUAUGGUCGAUACGGUGCUGGACCACUGCGGCUAUCAUCUGCCGUUCCUUUCGAGUCCGGAAUCACACGAUUACCAUCAUCUCAAAUUCAACCAGUGCUUUGGGCUGUACGGAUGGAUGGACUGGUUCCACGGUACCGAUUCGGAGUUCCGGAAGAAGAAACAUUUCCAGCGGCAUCAUCGAAUCAUCGGCUUUCAGUCUGCGCGAGAGCUAGUGCCGGACAAGUUGUCCAAGAUGAACCUUUCGUUCGUCCCACCGUGGAUGGCACCCGUCGCGGACGGUAACGAAUCGUACGCGAGUGUCCACGUGCUUCCCGACAACGUUAACGAGGGCCCACUGGUGCAGUGGUUCAACCAGACGUGGAACAGUUUUCUCGAUCGCAUCGGUGACGACAAUGUGACGCUGUACGUCGGCUUCCUGACGGUCUACACGUAUUCCUUCUUCUGGCUCGUCGGUGGGCUGUUCGUGCUGAUGGAUCUCACCAACUGGCCAAAGGCGCUGCGGAAGUUCAAAAAUCAGCCGGGCGCAAACGAACCACUGGAAUGGGACCGGUGCAAACGUUUGGUGAAGGUGGUACUACGUAACCAAUUCCUGUACGGCAUCCCGACGACCUACUUCGGGUUUAUGAUGCGCAAGCUCGUGUUCUUCGAGACGCCGAAUCCACGCAUCCUACCCUCGCUGUCGAUCGUGUUCCGUGAUCUGCUGUUUUGCAUCGUUUUCUGGGAGAUCACGUUCUACUACAGCCACCGGUUACUGCACUCGAGCUAUUUCUACAAACGUGUCCACAAGAAGCACCACCAGUGGUCGGCACCGGUGGCCUGGGCCGCGAUGUACGCGCAUCCGUUCGAGUUUAUCAUCAGUGAUCUGCUUCCGGUGUACAUUGGGCCCGCCAUCAUGAGCAGCCACGUGCUAACGUUCGUGGUGUGGUUCACGUUCGUCAUGAUGGACACGCUGGUGGAUCAUUCGGGCUACCAUCUGCCGGUGCUCGGUAGUUCCGAAAUGCACGAUUUUCAUCAUCUCAAGUAA